CCUGAAGUGUCACUGAGGAAGCAGCACCCUUCGAGCUAACGCUAUUACAUUAAUUUACAUUAAUUUCUUCUAAUCUCUAUACUUUAAAAUUAUUUACCUUACGUUAUACAAAUAUAACUGACACCACGUUAAAUAAAACAAUCGUAACGUUGCGCUGUCGCAAAUUUGAUCUGUAUUCUAUUUUGUUGUUUUUUUUACAAAACAUCCGCGACUAGCUUGUAGCCCGCUAGCAUCACCUACCGCUAGCCUUGUUUACGUUUCACAUUUCUCACUUACCGCUGUUCUGUUUUUUAAAAAACAAACAAACAAACAAAUAUGUCUGCUGUCUCUCCGGUUUUGAGUGCAGAUGAGGACUCGCUUGAGCUUCACAUGGUGCGGCUGGAACUGGAGGAUGUGGAGAAGCAGAUCCGCGGCCUACUCGACAAGCAGGCCCAGCUGCUGGAGCGACAAACUGCGCUGGAAACAUCUUGUGCCUCUGCUCACAUAUCCAAGGUAAGCACACAGCGUGGUAUUUCCACUCCCAGCCCCUCUACGCCGUGUGUUUCUCUGUGCAGGGACCAUGCACCUAGGACUUUCCCAGCCGUGGUCUCCGUAACGCCAGCGCCAACACACCUCGGGCCUUGGGUAAACCAGCGGCGAAAGGCGCGGGCUGGACCUUCUCCACCUCCAGUGUUCGAGAUUCCAACCAGGAACCGCUUCGCCCCUCUCCGCCAGACCAGACCCAACACUGUGAUCGUCGGGGACUCCAUUGUGCGGAACGUCCGUGUAGCCUCAUCUAAAGGCAAGGUGCGCACACACUGUUUUUCUGGUGCUUGUGUCCUUGAUGUCGCUGCGCAGGUAUCCGGGAUCCUGAAGAAAGACGAGCGCAUUGGAGCGGUUGUGCUGCACGCGGGGACGAACGACACCAGGCUGCGGCAGACGGAGGUGCUGAAGAGGGACUUCUCCAGCCUGAUCGAGACGGUACGAGGCAGAUCACCUACCGCGAAGAUCAUCGUCUCUGGACCUCUUCCCACAUACAGACGUGGAGCAGAAAAGUUCAGUAGACUUCUAGCAUUAAAUGAUUGGUUAGUCUCUUGGUGUAAUGAGCAGAAUCUGGUGUUUGUCAAUAACUGGAAUCUGUUCUGGGAGCGUCCUAGGUUGUUUCGUCCUGAUGGCCUGCACCCCAGCAGCCUUGGAGCGGAACUGCUUUCAGACAACAUUUCCAAGGCGCUACACUCCAAGUGACUGCCUAUCAUUCUGUUCUACUUUCUCCCUCUCUCCUUUCGCCGAGCCCCACACGAAUUUAUGGAGAUACUAGAGAUCCAGAUCCUUUCUGCCUCUGGAUGGAGCUCAAAUCUUCUUUAAUUCCAGACUGCUGGGACUACGGCUGCUCUUAACACCAUACAGACUUCAUAUAAAUCCAUAAUGAACUUUUUCACAAUAUCUGUUGUUACCCAGAUGAGGAUGGGUUCCCUUCUGAGCCGGGUUCCUCUCAAGGUUUCUUCCUCUUAAAACAUCUUAGGGAGUUUUUCCUUGCCACCAUCGCCACUCAGUGGCUUGCUCAGUUGGGAUAAAUUCACAACUUUAAUAUCUGUAUACCGUGUUGAUAUUUCUGUAAAGCUGCUUUGAGACAAUGUCUAUUGUAAAAAGCGCUAUACAAAUAAAAUUGAAUUGAAUUGAAUU